ACUAAAAAUGAUCGAGCAAAUCUGAUCAAUAUCUUUUACUUGUUGAAACAAUGUACGUAUCAAUGUGAGCGAUGAUAACAUGUCACUUCUUACCUUCAUAAUUGGUUUCAAUGUUCUAUAAGUGGGAAUUCUAUAAUGACACCUAGUACAAGUCUCUUCGCCUCUUAUUUCAAACAUGUCCUCUAUGCAUUCUUGAUGCACAAAUGCCGACGAACCUGUGCAUUGACACGGUGAAAUUAAUGGCGCGGUGGUUUUUUCCUUACAAAUAUAACAGGAUGGUUCUUCAUCAUCUUUCAUUGGUGAUCCUGUGAUGUACACACGACAUACGCCAUUGAUAGGUUGAACGGGUAUGAUUGGUGUUUGUCUUUCAUCAUUUCUUGCCCCUCUUUUCUCCCCACCUUCGUUUGUACCCACGCUGCUCGUCGACAUCUCUCGUAAAUUUACUUAAACUAUUAUUUUCUAAUGAUUGUAUUCAUUAAUGACGUUUUUUAAUUCAUUAAUGACGUUUUUAAUACAUUGAUGAGGUUACUAUGACGUAUAGUAAGUAAGCCUUCAGCGGAUGACAGACUAGUUGCCAGUCUCUAAUUUUGCUCGCUACAAACAAAAAUCAACGUGGUAUGGCAAAUCAAAGCUAAAGGUGAUGAAGAAUCUUCAAGUUAUUGGUUGCAAACCUCAUGUUAUACCUCAUUGCAAAAAUGCUUUAAUGAGCAUUAAUGUUGAUAAUGGACUCGUGUAUUUUGUGUCUUCACUACAAUUCAUCGAAUACAACCCCAUUUCACUAAAGAUUAAUUUUGCAUUUCCUUUGGAUGAAUUGAUAAGUGAUGAUGAUAAUACAGAUGUUGUGUUUGCUGUUCAACAUGUAUCUUGUCUUGAUGCUGUUGUUCUUGCCACGACAAAUGGCAAUGUUCAUCUUUAUGAUACAACAACUCAUCAGUUUGAAUGCGUGGGAACUGUAGACAGUGGUUUGACAUGUAUGGCUUGGAGUCCUGAUGAAGAAAUUGUUGCAUUUACAACUGGAGAAGAUUUGUUAAUGUUGAUGAACAAAAACUUUGAUCCUAUAUGUGAAUCUCUGAUAAACUCUGAAAUAUCGGAUAAAGGUGGUCCAGUCAAUGUUGGUUGGGGUAGUAAGAAAACUCAGUUUCAUGGCUCUAUGGGGAAAGAUGCAGCAAGAAUGAAAGAUAAUGUGGAGGAUACAGCUGUAUUUGUCAGUGAAGAUGAUGAUAGAAAGCCUAGGAUAUCCUGGCGAGGAGACGGACAAUAUUUUGUAGUCAGUUCUUUGAUGGAAAGAGGUAAUCGUGAAUUACGAGUGUGGAGUAGAGAAGGUGAGGUUAUAUCAUCCUCUGAAAAUGUUACUGGACAAGGCAUGGCGUUAAAUUGGAGACCAUCGGGAAACUUGAUUGCAUCAGUACAAAAUUUUCGUAACAAACAACAAGUGAUCUUCUUUGAGAAGAACGGUCUUCGUCAUGGUGAAUUUCAUCUCCCAUCACAUCAAGCUAAGAUUGUGAGAUUACUUUGGAAUAUCGAUUCUUCUCUUCUUUGUCUUUGGAGUAAAAUGGCAAAAGAUGAUGUGGACCAUGACUAUGAAACUCUUCAGCUUUGGUACAGCAGUAAUUAUCAUUGGUUUUUAAAGCAAGAAUUGCGAUUUACGAACGAUUUUAUUUCUGAUGUUGUUUGGGACGGUGAAAAUGCCCUGCAACUUCAUCUUAUCACGAAAACUGGGACAUACACGUCAUAUCAAUUUUCCUGGGAAAUCUUUGUAUCACGUGGCUGUCAUGUGAAUAAUGAUUCAACCGUCGCGAUGGUUGACGGAGCCAAGCUUCUACUGACAGAGAUGUCGUUAGUUAUCAUUCCUCCGCCAAUGUCAUCUCAUUGUGUUGAAAUGGAUUCUCCUAUAAAUAUGGUGACAUUUCAUCCUGACUCUCGACGUCUUGCUUUGAUUCUCUCAAAUGGUUACCUUGUGAUCGUCAAUAAAAACAUUCUUGAUAGUGGAUCAUCACACUUCAAUGUAGUAAGAGUUGAUGUUGACAAGUUAUGUGUAAAUCAUCUUUGUCAAUUAACUUGGUGGAAGGAAGAUACUUUACUGGUAUACGAUUCCUGUCGUGAGGUCAUCCAUGAAAUAAUCUUACAUGAAGCUAACGGGAAAUAUACAGCUAUUUAUCAGAUUUUUUUUCCUGUGAAAAAUCUCCUUCGGCUAUCUGUGAAUGUUGAUACGUCUUCAGUAGCUUUAGAACUAACAGAUGGCUCCAUUAUGAAAUACACUUCAGAUUCUGAACAUGUCAAACUUGAACCGUGGUUCGACGCAGAUGGUAACGCCGUUAGUUUACUUCAACCUUGUGAACAUAUUGCUGUAGUAAAGAUUGGAAAAGAGGAAGUCGUUAUUGGCCUCACACGACAUGGACGACUUUAUGUCAAUAAUAAAGAAAUUGCUAAUAACUGUUCUUCUUUCUUUGUUCACGACGAAUUUCUUCUUGUUACAACAACGUCACAUUUGUUGCGCUGUUUCAGUAUUUUAUCCGAUGGCAAAGGUAUUGUAUCAAUUUUAACCAACACUGACGUUCGUGAACACGUUAGGAAUGUUGAGCGUGGAUCGAAAAUUAUCUUGGCUGUCCCGCGUGAUACGAAAUUGAUACUUCAAAUGCCCAGAGGAAACUUGGAAACAAUUCACCCCAGACCUCUAGUCAUCUCCUAUCUCAAGAAAUGUUUGAAUAGUCAAGAGUAUAAUAAAGCGUUUCUAUGUAUGAGGAAACAUCGUGUCAAUGUCAAUCUAUUGUGUGAUCAUGACUAUAAGAGUUUUUUGAAAAACGUUCCUGUAUUUGUUAAAGAAGUGGAAUCUGUCGCAUACAUUAAUAUGUUUCUUUCGGAAUUAAAUGAAGUUGAUGUGACGACAACAUUAUAUUCAGACUACUACUUCGACAGAGCACAGAUUAUUGAAAACAAAGUCGAUACAAUAUGUGAUAUGAUGAGGGAAACAUUAAAAGACAUCGAUAGCAACAAAUAUAUAUUAAGCAUCUUGACAUCAUAUGUUAAGAAUACAAGUCCGCAACUUGAAAGUGCUUUGAAAAUAAUCAAAGAUCUUAAAGAUAGUAAACAGAUUUCUAAUGCCGAUGAAGCUCUUAAAUACCUCUUGUUUCUUGUUCCCGUCGACAAAAUGUUUAAUGUUGCGUUGGGAAUGUAUGAUUUUCAGCUCGUGUUAAUGGUUGCUGAAAAAUCACAGAAAGAUCCCAAGGAGUAUUUACCGUUCUUAAACAAUCUCCGAAAAUUAGAAGAAAACUAUCAAAAAUUUUCCAUCGAUAAAUACUUAAAACGUUAUUCAAACGCUCUUCAACAUAUCGCGAAGUGCGGUUCUGAGAGAUUCAGCGAAGGUCUUGAACUGAUAAAGGAACAUAAUCUCUAUAAAGAAGCCUUGCGGUUGUUCUCGGGUUCUGAAUAUAAAACAAUUGCAGUAAGCUACGGAGAAUAUCUUAUGGAUAGAAAAAAAUACGAAGAAGCAGGUGUAGUGUUAUUUCGUUGUGGUGACUACGGCAACGCUCUACGAGCGUUUCAGAAGGCUGGCAACUGGCGACAAGUAUUUAGUUUGGCUACUGGAAAGCUUCGUUCAUCUCGGGAGGAACUCUUAAGUUUAGCACGUUCAAUGGCAGGUUAUUUGAAAGAGAAUAAUCGGCUAGAUGAAGCUGCUGUUGUGUUGAUUGAUUACGCUGACGAUCACGAGAGUGCGAUUGAAUGUCUCAUUGAAGGAAGAUAUUGGAAUGAAGCUUUAAGACAGAUUUACAAAUAUGACCGAGUUGACAUUAUUGAGACAGAUGUUCAACCCGCUCUGCAACAAGUUCAGGAAACAAUGUUAUCAUCUUUACUGGCAAAGAAAGACGAUUUUCAAAAAUACCUGACAAGAUUAAACAUCGUUCGAACGGAGAAAGAAAAACGACAAAUGGAUUUGAUCAACGAUAAUGAUUUAGACGAUGACGCAAAUGCGGAACUUUUUUCUGACUCGUCCAGUAUUUCGGCGAUAAGCACAAUGACAUCAUCGUCUGUCUCAUCUAGGACGUCACGAAGUACAGGAAAGUCGCGCAAAAAUCGAAGAAAAUCACAACGUAAUAGAGUUAGUCUUAAAAAAGGAAGUCAAUACGAGGAUAUCGCGUUGAUGGAAGCUUUAGUUGAAACCAUCUCAUUUGUUGAUAAAAUGAAAGAUGAAGUGUCUACAUUACUACGCAUGUUAAUGAUGUUUCAUUACGAGAACGAAGCCAGUCAACUUCAAAUUAUGCUGUCGGAGUUUCUUGAUAUUAUUCAUUCGUCGAUUCCCACUAUAUGGAGUUCAAAUUCUUCUCAAGAAAUGGCAACUAUGGAGUUUGGUCCACAAUCCACAACCAAUGCAAUUGUCAACGGAAUGAGAAAUACGGAGACGAAAGAAAAAGACGUACCAGCACAGCCCGCAAAGCCUGUUCUUUUGAAAUCCCACAGCUGGCGCCUAGAUCAACUUACUGCGUGGUAAAUGUAGUUUAGUAUAGUGGUAAGUUUUGUCGCCACUGAAGGUCGUUGACAUAAGCUAAUCGUCUUUCGAUCGUAUUAAUCCUUGAGUCAAUCAUCCUUGGAUCGGAUUAAUUAUUGGCUAAAUGUUCGACAAGGACCAAAAGCAGUAAAAAUGGAUGAACUUUAAUAAGACAAAGUUUACUAAACUCCAUCGUUAGUUCCCGCUCCAAUCAAAUGAAUAUUACUAAUAUUUACAGCAAACGAUAGCGACUUUUUACAAGUAUAAAGUUCUCCGAUUGUCUA